CACAAACAAUGCGCGCGCUCUAGGGGCGGCGCAACACAAGGUUAACCUCUAUGCUUAGGCACUCGUGACCUGUCCUAUUAGGUGACCUCGGUUGCACGCGACGUCGCAAUGUCAGGCUCUCGGGUUUUAAGGGAACGGAAGAAAACCAUAAACUAUUGUGAGGAUGCUGAAGUAGCGCGGCAGCAAAAGAAGGAUGCCGAGCUGGUGGGCGAACGCCGUGCCACGCGCAGCAGGCAGCAGGUCGAGCAGACUGAUAAGGAGAACCGCAAGAAGAGAGAGCGCCUUGACGCGGACGAAGACGGCGACGACGAUGUUGAUGCUGACAUCGCUCCUCGACCUGCUAAGAGGGCAAAGUCACCAUCCCCACGCCAAGAAGAUGACGAACCGGAAUCUAUAGAGGACAGCGAUGACGGCGACAACGCGUUUAUCGCCUUCGCGCGCCCUGGCAAACGCCCAGCUGCUCGCCAGGCGGCCCCCAAGUCGCAGAAACAGCAGCAGCAGCCCCAGCGACAAGGCCGAGCUGCCAAGGCGGCAGCCGCUUCAGCCCUCGCACCUGCAACCGAUCGCCGGGGCAAGUCAACAGCCCGUGACGAUGUCGACAUGGAUGAUGGCGACGGUGCGUCCGGUCGCCGUGGCUCUACCCGGCGAGCAGCAGCUCGGGCUAAUGACCGCAUCAAGCGUGGUGCCGCACCUACUGGCGGUCGCGUUGGUCGUGGCCGCAGCAGCAGCUUCGACGAUGAUGAGGACGACGAGAGCAGCGCCAGCAGCGAUGGUGAUGACGAGGAGGAGGACGUAGUGAUGGUGGGGUCGUCGGAGCAAAGUGGCGAGCAGGACGAGGAAGAUGGGGAUGGGGACUCGGAGGACAACGACGAUGACGACGAAGAGGAGGAUGACGAGGAGGAUGAGCCUGUCGUGAAGCGCACAUCGAGGGAGCAGCGUUUGGCUGGGGAAUCGGGCAGCGGCCGACCCACUCGCGGCUGUGUCGCCAAGAAUCAACGACAGCAACAGUCCGCCCGCGGGGGGAAGAGCCGAGGUGGGGGCAAGGGCCCUGGACGCCGCCCCGUGGGGGUUGCCUCUGACGACGACGAAGAUGUUGACGAGGAGGAAGACGAGGACGAAGGAGAAGAGGAGGGAGCGGAGGAGGAGGAGAAGGACCAAGACGAGGAGGAGGGAUCUUCGGAUGUGGAGAUAGUGCACGACGAUGAGGACGAGGAGGAAGACGAGGAAGAAGAGGAGGAGGAAGUGGGGCGUGGCGGACGGCCGCGUCGGGCAGCAGCUGUGGCGGCGGAUGCCCGAUCUGCAAGGAUGGGGCAGAAGGAGAAGGCUGCAAAGAAGGAAAAGGCGAAGGAGGCGGGCAGGGGAAAGGGGAAGGGCAAGGCAGCAGCGGCUGGGAAGAAGAAGAAGGCUGCUGGGAAGGCCGAGAAGUCUGCUGGUGGCAAGGGCAAGCAGCAGAAGGCACCGGCACCCAAGGCUGCGGCGGUUGAGGACAAGGACGACGACGGCGGCAACGCUGGAGGGGGCGGAGGCGGCCAUAGGGCCCCUCGGGAGCCGGUGGAGCGGAUCUUGUCGUACGAGUUGGAGACCCAGCUGUACUGCGUAAAGCUGAAGGGCGUGUCGUACCGCCACCUAGCCCACGUGAAGCACUCGCACCUGGAGGCCAGCAAGCCCUCCCUGCUGCGCAACUUCCUCAGUCGCGGCCAGCGAAUGGAGGUGGAGCCCGAGUGGCUGCAGAUCGACCGUAUCAUCGCCUGCCGUACCGUGAGUCGGGGGCGGCAGGGCGCCGCGCAGCAGCUGCUGGUGAAGUGGCGGGGGCUGGAGUACAGCGAUGCGACCUGGGAGUGGGCACAGGAGCUGAGCAGCGAGGAGGACAAGGCGGCCAUUGCGCGCUUCCAGCGCUUCAACAAGCCACCUCCCACUGCCGCCAGUGGCAACGCCAAGAAGACAGGCGGCAAGGCCCGAGGCCGCAAGCGGGCUGCCAGCACCGAGGAAGAGGACGACGAGGAGGAGGAGGA